AAGCUUCAGUGUCUUUCUGAAAUUCAUCUGGGUGAGAACAAUCUCUCUGUUUCAGUUCCCGAGUUCUUUGCAAAUUUCAAAAAUUUGACAGUCUUGAGUCUUAGUUCUUCUAACUUGGAAGGACAAUUUCCGCCAAAGAUUUUUCAAGUACCAACGCUGCAGGCUCUAGACUUGUCAAACAACAUAAAGCUUCAAGGUACUUUGCCAGUGUUUCUACAAAAUGGAUCCCUUCAGAGGAUUGUUCUCAGCAACACGAAAUUUUCAGGUAAAUUACCAGAUUCUAUUGGUAACCUAAGAAAUCUGUCCAGGAUUGAUCUUUCAUACUGCAAUUUCACUGGACCCAUUCCAAAUUCAACGGCAAACCUCAGUCUUCUUGUUUAUUUGGACUUGUCAUCUAACAACUUUACUGGUCUAAUCCCAUCCUUUCAGAUGUCCAAGAAUCUCACCUAUAUAGAUCUCUCUCAUAAUGCUCUAAUAGGUUCAGUACCUUCUAGUUACUUUACAGGCCUCUCAAAUCUUGUUUAUGUCAAUUUAGCAUAUAAUUCAUUCAGUGGGAGGAUUCCCUUGUCUCUGUUUUCCCUUCCAUCAUUGCAGAAAAUUCUGCUUUCCAAUAAUCAAUUUGGUGGCAAAGUGGCUGAAUUUCCGAAUGGAUCCUUCUCUACAUUGGAUACACUAGAUUUAAGUAGUAACAAACUAGAAGGGCCCAUUCACUCACAUUUCUUUGAUUUUGGAAGGCUUAAUAUCCUCUUACUUUCUUUCAACAACUUCAGUGGCACCAUACAGCUUGAAUGGUUUCAAAGGCUGCAAAAUCUUACGAGACUUGACCUUUCAUACAACAACCUGUCAAUCAGUACAAGUGAGAGUAAUUCUAGCUUGACUUCGUUUCCCCAGCUCAGCACAUUAAGAUUGGUUUCUUGCAAGCUGCAAGAAUUUCCUCCACUAAUGAACUGGUCAAGAAUGGUCUAUUUAGACCUUUCAGACAACCAAAUUUCUGGGGAAAUACCUAAUUGGAUUUGGAACAUUGGCAGUGGAACUCUAAUGUAUCUGAAUCUUUCUUGUAAUCUUCUAGUGGGUAUGCAAAGACCACAUUUUAUUCCUAAUUAUCUUACUGUUCUUGACCUACACUCCAAUCUUCUCCAUGGCGAAAUCCCAGUGCCACCAGACGUCACUGGUGCCAUCCCUCAAUCAAUAUGCAACGCAAGCAACCUUCAAGUUCUUGAUUUGUCCAACAAUAGAUUCAGUGGCACUAUACCGCAAUGUUUGAUUGAAAGUUGUACUACAACUCUUGGGGUACUGAAUUUGCGCAAUAACAGUCUUACUGGUAAUAUUCCGGGGACAUUCCCAGAAAAUUGUGCUUUAAAGACACUGGACUUCAAUGGAAAUCACUUGGAAGGACAUGUUCCACAAUCUUUGGGCAUUUGUACAAAGUUGGAGGUCUUAAAUCUCGGUAACAACAAUGUAACUGAUAUCUUCCCUUACUUCUUGAAGAACUCAUCUCAUUUGCGUGUACUGAAUUUGCGAUCCAACAAGUUCCAAGGAGGCAUUCAAUGUGGAGGGGACCAUAAUAAUAGCUGGCCAAAGCUUCAAAUUAUUGACCUAGCUUUGAACAACUUCAGUGGUUCUCUGCCAAAUAAAUGCUUCUUACAUUGGAAGGCAAUGAUGGUUGAUGGGGAUAAUGGACAAUCAGAUAUGGAUCACCUGCGUUAUGAGUUCCUCAAACUUAAUCACUUCUACUAUCAGGAUACAGUGACAGUUACCUUCAAAGGGUUACAGUUGGAACUGGUGAAGAUUUUAACUGUAUUUAUCUCCAUUGAUUUCUCAAAAAAUAGUUUCCAAGGAGAGAUACCAGAUUCAGUUGGGGAUUUGAAAUACCUCUAUGUUCUCAACCUGUCGCAGAAUGCCCUCACAGGUCAUAUUCCAUCAUCACUUGGAAACUUGACACAGCUUGAAUCAUUAGACCUUUCAUGGAACAAGCUCAGUGGAAGCAUCCCAAAGCAGCUUGCAAGUCUUACAUUUCUUUCAUUCCUGAACCUAUCAUAUAAUCAACUGUUUGGAAGGAUCCCAACAGGCACUCAAAUUCAAUCAUUUUCAGAAACUUCCUUUGAAGGAAACAAAGAAUUAUGUGGGCCUCCUUUGAUUAAUUGCAGUGGUGCACCACCAUUACCUUCACCAACACCGACCUCCAACGAGUCGGUUUCAAGUUUGAUGACAGAGUUUGAUUGGGAAGUCAUAUAUACAGGCGUGGGAUUUGGGAUAGGUGCAGGACUUCUUGUUGGGCUACUUAUGUUCUGGGAACAGGGGAGCCACUGGUGCGACAAGCACAUUGAGAACUUUGCUUGGAUGAUUCUUCCAACUCUGCGUUUUACUUUCAGCUGUUGUAAUGAUGGGAAGGUAGAGUCAGAGGGUAACAUUGAAAAUCCCUUAGAUGAGACAGGAGACUCCAACGAAGAUGAAGAUGCGACUGAAGAUAAAGCAUUUACCGGGCGAUACUGUGUGUUUUGUUCCAAACUUGAUAUCUGUUGGGAGAAAGUGAUACACAACCCAAAAUGCAGGUGUCAUGAAUCACCACCCAUUUCAACUUCUUCGUCAUUCUCUUCUUCUUCUUCUUCAUAG